AUGGCGGCUGAGCAGCGCGAUGGCAAUGCUCAGUGGAAACGUUCAGCAGUUUAUGUGGUAGAGGAAGAUCCAGUGAACCUGAAGUUUGAGCCCGACUCCGACGAUGCUGAGCCCUCGGACAACAUGUUAGCUGACGUUGAGGCAUUUCUGGCCGAUCACGGCGUCCGUGAAGAGAGCCUUGAGGCCUCCACCACUGCCCUCUUCGAUGAGAAGGAGGUGGCCGAGAUCCUGGCGGCAACCUGGAAAGAGAAGAGAGCGGAGAUCACCAAGUUGCAACGCAGUCGCAAGUUUACCCAGGCCUCGAACAUCAAGAAGCAGUUCUCCCGAGAAGCCUCGGAUCUCAAGCGGAAGUCCAAAUGCUGGAAUUGUGGCCGCUCAGGACAUUGGUCACGAGAGUGCACGGCUCCGAAGUCCUCCAGCGCUUCGUCUGAGAACGACAAGCACAAGACCCAUGGCGCUGCAGUUGCAACCUGCCUCUCUCCGGAACCUGUUUCUGGUGAGACCUUUUUGGUGUCCUCCCCGGGUUUUGGAAUAGUGGAUAGUGGGUGUAGCAGAACCUUGAUUGGCCAAGACACCCUCAACUCCUUUCUGCGCCUUUUUCAUGACCUGAAGUUGCCGACCCCUGAAACCAAGUCUCAAAGCAAUUUGUUUCGUUUUGGAAAUGGCAGUGAAGAAUGGUCAGAAAGGGUAGUCACUAUGCCGAUAGGAAUUUUUGGACGUAGAGGUUCCGUUGAAGCUGCAAUCAUCAAGGGGAAUGCUCCUCUGCUCCUGAGCAGAGCCACCAUGCGGGAUCUCAAAGCGGUCCUUGACUUCAGUGAGAGCAAGAUCUCCUUGUUGGGUGCCCAGGCGCGUUCAAUGACCUUCAACGAAGCUGGCCAGGUGAUUGUCAACAUGCUGGACUUUGACGCUCAUCCUGCUCUCUUGGUGCAAAGUGAUGAGGUGGUUUCGGCAUCUGGCAAACUUAGCAAGCGGGAGCGUCGAGUGGUGCUUUCUCAGAUGAAGGCGUGGUCCAAAUCCAGCUCCAGCUGCAAGGUGGCCGAGCUCUUUUCCCCACCUCGUUUUGCCAAGGUUGCCGAGGAGCUGGGAUACAAGGGCCUUUCUUUUGAUCUGCAGCAAGGUUGGGACCUGACCUCUCCGUCGGUGCAGCGGGAUGUUAGCUCUGCCCUGGAAGAGGCGAAGCCCGAACUCCUGGUGGUGUGCCCUGAAUGCAAACAUUGGGGAGGUUGGUACCGCUUGAACCAACACCAUCUUUCAAUGGUCGAACGCCUGGAGAAUCAAAGGUAUGCCAGGAAACAGGUGGAUUUUUGUGUCCAGGAGAUCAAGAACCAAAUCAAACGUGGGGGCCGUGUGUUGAUCGAACACCCAUGGAGUUCUGACAUGUGGCACUACAGCCCUAUGGCCAAGGUCACCAAAAACAUGUUCAAAUGCCGAGUGGAUUUGUGUGCCUACGGUUUGGUAGAUGAUGCUCAGACCCCAAUUUUGAAGCCGACAGCCAUCAUGGUCUCCCAUGCUGACAUGAAAGACCUGGCCCACACUUGUCCAGGCAACCAGUUUGUUGAUUUGACGGGACAAGAUCAGCCGCCUGAUGUACCGGCUUCGAACAGCUCUCAGCCCGCAAUUCAGCACACCGAAGACUAUUGGAUCCAACGGGGGCCGAAUCUCCUGUGUCGGGUCCAUGUGGACAAGCUGGAGCCAUCAGCAAAAGAGCUGGUCACAGUUUCUGCGCCUUCUGUCCCCACCGUGGAGAAUCUAAGGGAUGCGUCCGGUGAUACACAGCCAGAGGAUCUCCGAGAGGUGGUGCAGGAAAUGGCAGAGGAGCGUAGCUCUGCGGAGAAACGCGCUCAGUCCAGAGAGCCCAGCACAGGACCUCCAGCCAAGAGCUCCCGAAUCGAGAGCCCGGAGGACCAAUGUCUCUUAGCUGAAUUCAUCCGCCAGUAUCAUUACCAGCUAGCCGACGAGCAGGUCGUUUUGGACCGGAAGCAGCAGGAAAAACAGAGACGCCAGUUGAAAGCCAAAGAACGUUCAGACGCAGUGUCUGCUGAAGAGUUUCGAGCCUUGAGGGCCACGAUGGACCGUUUGAGGAAGUAUGGUUUGCAGAGCGCGACGUCUGAAGCUGCUGGAGCAGAAGUGCUGGGAGCUAUGGCGGAUUCUAGCAAGCGCCUUCGUGAUGACUCCAUCGCUUCCUUUGACAUGGCUUUUGAUGAUGAGCCUUGGGAUUUGCCUUGCGGCGGAGUGCUCACCGGUUCUUCUGCAACUGGUGGCCAGCAAGUGAUUUCUCCUAAGGUGCUGAGUUCUCAGACGGUUGAGCUGCCGCCAGGUGUUUCUUCGAUCAAGGAAUGGGGCAAGACUUUGUGUGAGCUGCCGGCUGUAGCACGCCAGAAGUUGUCUUAUGAGGCCCUGGCCCAAGACGAGUCCCAAACGGACUAUUUGCUAUGGAUUUUGAAACAAGGGGCAUCAAAGGGCCCGCGUGUAGCCGAUUUGGCCAAUUAUUUGCAGGCCAUUAAGUUCACUGAAAAGUGCAAUGGUCAGUCCAUUGGUGCGGCGAUCGGCGAAGACACUCAUGGCUCAGGCGAGACAAAGGCAGAGGGAUGGACGUCCGAAGCGCUGGAGAGUGCUCGGCGCACGGCAGAGCGCCUGAGCCUUGCCGAGGCGAAAGCCGCCCAGAUUUGGUCUGAAUCGCAAAAGCAGGUCGAGAAGGUCUUGAGAGCCAACGAGAACGAGGUUGAGGCCGCAGAAACCAGUUGUGCAGCAAAGGAAGUGGCUGCUGCUGCGGAGGAAGACCGUCUUAAUGGUGAGCUCCAAGAACGUCUGCAGAAGAUUCGAAGCGAAGAGAACGCCAUGGACGCAGAAUUUGCCAAGGCGCUGGCAGCCAUUCAAGCACAACAACAACAAGACUCAGAGGAUUCAGCCCAGAGGAUCUGUGCCGCUGAACGCCUGGAGAACUGCCUGUUGGAGGAAGAGUGGGCCGUGUCAGAAGGAAUCUAUGCCUUCGAGAUCGAGGAGGAAGAGGCCGCCAGCCGUGCGCAAAGCGAGCUGACGGCACAUCUCGAAGCAGCAACGGCGUCACGACGGCAGAAGGCCCAGGAGAGCCUGGAGGCCUUGCGUCCCUUGCAGAUGGCCUUGGAAGAAGAGGAAGCGAGGGCUCUGCGCGCCUGCAAUGCGGCUGAGGAGGCCGAGCGGAUCUUCCACCAGGAAAGCCUCGCGUCGUUCUCCGCGGCAGAGGCCGCGGAACGGCAGCUGCGCACGCGCUGCGUGGGGUGGCAAGAGGAGGUGCUGGAAGCCAAGACAGCGGCCCAGCAAAAAACGGGACACGAGGAAGAGCGAUGCAGAGGAGAGCAGGAGGCUGCGCGCUGCGCGGCCGAGCGUCGUAGCCGCGCGUGCUGGGAAGAGAUUGCGGCGGAGAAUUUGGAGGCAGCGCAAAUGAUGGAGGCCAUCCAUGGACAAGAGGAAUUUCUCAGCAACCAAGCCCAGGACUUGAUGGACCUUGCUGCCCGGAGCGAGGUGGCCGCACGGAGAUUGCGAGAGGAUGAGCUCAUGGAGGAGAGUGCGGCUCAGGGUGUCCGAGAAGCUGUGUUGGAGGUGGAAGCCGCAAUGCAUCAGCUGCUGCGGGAGUGUCGCCUUCAAGAAACCAACCUCCUGGCUGAGAAUCGCUGGAAGGAGGUGGAGAUUCAAGAGGCCGAGGCGGCCCAGUUGCUUCUUGCAGAGAGUCGCCGGGAAGAUGCUGAAGUCCGGGCGGAGAGAGCCUCUCAGCGUUGCAACGCAGCGGUUGAGUCAACGACCGCGACGAAGCGUGACUACCAGCUGGAGAUUGAUGAGAUGCAAAAGGAAGGCGAAAAGAAGGAAGCCUCGGCGUUGCAGAAGCUGCUUGGAGCCGAAAAGUCCCUGGCCACGGCCCUCUAUUGGUGUGGCAAGCAAUCUCAGAUUGGCCUCAAGAUGUUUACGGCCGAAGAGAUGUCUUCGCGCGUGCAGGUGGAUGCCGUGGACAGGAUUUCUGUCGAUGGCGAGUGAAGCCCAUGGCGCGUUUCCGGCUGGAAGAGAUGGGUCACCCUCGCACUUGGAAAAG